UGGAUGGCGUGGAACCUUCAACUGUGGAGAAAUUUCUUCACUUUGUUUACACGGGAGAGCUGAUUGGAACAUUUGCAGAUGAAGAAUUGCUCAAGUUAGCCAACAAGUACGGGCUUGAUUCUCUGUCUGGUUUAUGCCGAGUUGCACUGAAGAAAAUUGAAGCCACGCAGAUGCUAAAACUCAUGGAGAGUAUAAAUAAUGGGAGUUGAAGCACCAAAUUCUUCUUCCAAAAUCAUGCCGGAUAAAGAUACAGAAAUAUUUUAUGAUCGAACCACGCCCACCUUCAGAUGCGGUUUGGGGUUUCAUGGAUCUGACAAUGGAACACCAAUAUGUUUGAUGCAAUAUCAAAAGGAAGACGUGUUUUUCGCUCACUUUACUGGUGGGAGUAGCAGCAAAGGCAUUUACAUUAGUAAACCUGUGAUUAAUUUUUCAUGCGCCAAGCAUCGAAAAUUCGGCUUGAAAAUUGAAGAUGUUUAUUUGAGCUGUCAGCCGAAACACAACCAAUGGUUUAAAAUGGAAGCAAAAAUGCUAAAAAACAGCGCUGAAUUACUUCUACGCUUCUCCGUCAAUUUUGAGUUCUAUAUUAAUUACAACUCCAAUCAAUCAAACUUCGACAUCAAAACGGUCAGCACGAUUGGAAAUUAUUAUUACGAGAUGAUGGACCAUCAUUGGUGCAAGGAUCUAUGGGCCGCCGCAACAAACAAGAAGUUUACCGAUGUCCAAAUCUAUGUUGGGUCUGUUGAAGUAUUGGAAGCCCAUCGAGUUAUUUUAUCCGCUCGGAGUCCUAUCCUGAAUGAGUCUUUAAACAAGAUCAGCAAACCAGCAGAGAAAUCUAUCGUCACAUUUGGGGCUGAAUUUGAUGUCGAGAUUAUCAAGAAUUUCCUAAAUUUCCUUUACACCGGAUCUUUAAAGUCAACUGACGGCGUCCAUCAACUUUGUCAAUUGGCCACAAUGUACCAAGUGGAGACUUUGAAAAAUGUGUGCCAGUUACUUAAUGCCAGCCCACCGGAUGCAGAAGAACUAACCAACUAUCUUCUAGAGCUAUAACUGCCGGUUAACAUUCUACAUAUGUUGUGUAUCUCUUCGUUUGAAUACAGCAAUUUGAUGUCUUA